AUGGAAACAGAAGCCCCUUCAAAGGAACGAAAGAGCCAACAGCUCAGCCAGCUGCACCAGGCGCCAAGCAUCUCCAUCAUGGAUGGAUCGCACACUCAGCUGCAUCAGAAGCCGUUCACCGUCUGGACGGCCAUGGGCAUCGGUCACUCGAUUACCAAUACAGCCAUCACCCUCAUCGUGGGUCUCGCCAGCGGCGUCGCUCUCGGAGGUCCCCCGCUUUUCAUCUACGGCUUCCUAGUCAUGGCAGUCAUCGCUGUAUGCGUUGCCAUCAGCCUGGGUGAGCUUGCAUCGGCUCUACCUCACUCGGGGGGUCAAUACUUCUGGGUUGCUGUUCUAGCUCCUCCAAAACACAGACGCUUUCUCUCUUAUAUCACUGGCAUUAUAGGAUGGGCUGGGGCUGUAUGCACCAGUGCUUCAGUCUGCCUCGCCGUGCCUACCUCAAUCUUUGCCAUGGUGUCUGUGACACAUCCAGACUUCAAUUAUAAACCUUGGAUGGGGUUCGUGGGGUUUCAGGUUCUGAACCUGCUGGCGUUCACCUUCAAUUGCUUUGAACGUGUUCUCCCUUGGGUCAGCCGUUUCCUCCUCGUCUUCACCGUCUGCACCGUGAUAAUUGUAUUUGUCGGCAUUCUGGCUGCGAGUCCACACAAGCAAUCUGCAGAUAAUCUCUUUGUCAAUCUAUACAACAUCUCGGGCUGGUCGAAUGGUGUGGCCUUUUUGAUCGGGCUCAACGCCCCUAACUGGGCCUUCUCCUGUCUCGAUGCCACAGUACAUCUCGCUGACGAGAUUCCGAAUCCUCGGAAAAACAUACCUCAAGCUCUCCUGGUGACAGUGGCCCUUGGCAGCGCCACUGGACUUCCUAUAAUCCUUGCGCUCUUCUUGUCGGCUCCCUCGGUCAGUGACAUUGCCAGCUCAGGCACGCCGUCGCUGCAGGUCUUUCAAGAGGCGUUCAAACACAACACUGCUGCAGCGCUGGGAUUGCAGAGCCUGGUGUUGAUAUCUGCUGCAGGCGCUAUAAUCGGCAUCCAUACUUGGCAGUCACGCAUUGCUUGGGCAUUCAGCAAAGACAAGGGAUUUCCAUUUCAUCGAUAUCUUUCUCAGAUUGCCCCUGAGCCCUAUGGUACUCCAGUCUUUGCACAUAUCUGGUCUUGUUGCUGGACUUCUGUCCUUGGUUGCAUCUACAUGGGUUCGCAGCUUGCUUUCAAUUCUCUGGUUUCCGGCGGUAUCCUCCUACAGUAUAUAACCUACUCUACCUGCAUCGCGUGCCUCUUAUGGUAUGGCCGGUCGAACAUCACCCCAGGCCCCUUCUGGUAUCCCAGGCUUGGAGUUUCAUUGUAUGCUUUGUUAUACUGGGUUGCAUUCGGCCGCAAAGAAUAUGAGACCCCUGAGCCAGAGCAGUACGAUUGA